CAUUUCUUUUACACAUAUGUUGACUCCAAUUGAUUUAGCUCGCUUCGUAAUCAAGAGGAACACACAAGCGUUCUUCGGUACCCCUAACACCGAACAAUACAUACUUAGUGGUCCCAUUAUUUCCCAUGUUUUCUAUUUACAACAUCAAUAAUCACUUCUUAUUGUUCAGAUAUUUUGUUCACUGUAUAUAUGACUGAUGGAAUAGCAAGCAAAGCAUAGUAGGGAACCUGCUGAACUCAGUUACACUUGCGGAAUGGCGCGGAACGCCAUUUUAAAGAUUUUGAGGUUAUUGUAUAUUAAAGGUUAAGUUUUAUCAAAAUAUCAGAACAUAUAAUAUUCAAGCUUUAUAAUGAAGAGGUCGCAUUCUAGACGAGAUAGAGAUGAUUACGAACAUCUCAGACAUCAUUCAAGAGGUCGAAAUCAUGAAAGAGAUCGAGAACGGAAUCGAGACAAAGAUCAUGAGACAGAUAGAGAUAGAGGUAAAGAUAAAGAUAAAGAUAGAGACAGAAAUAGGGAUAGAUAUUACAAUGACAGACAUGGUAGGAAAAAUGAGCAGAGAAAAAACCAUGAUUCUGAAGAAUCAAACACAGAAAUUCGAUCAUAUAAACGACAAGACUUAAAAAGAUCAAAAGAUUAUGAGAAAGAGAACAAAAGAAAACAAGAGAAAGAUAAAGGCAUAGAUACAGAUAUGGGGAAGAAACAAGAAACAAAUACUUCCAAUGAGGCAUUAGAACGGCAAAAUCGAACUGUUGAGUUAUUGACAUCAAGAACAGGUGGUGCUUACAUUCCACCUGCAAAAUUACGUUUGAUGCAAGCUGAGAUCACUGAUAAAUCUGGAGCUGCAUACCAACGUAUUGCAUGGGAAGCUCUUAAAAAAUCUAUACAUGGUCAUAUUAAUAAAGUUAAUAUCAGUAACAUUGGACUUAUCACACGAGAACUUUUGAAAGAAAACAUUGUUAGAGGUAGAGGUUUGCUUGCUCGAUCUAUUAUUCAAGCUCAAGCAGCUUCACCAACUUUUACAUCUGUUUAUGCUGCUCUUACAGCAAUUAUCAAUUCUAAGUUUCCUAAUAUUGGAGAAUUAAUAUUAAAACGUCUUGUAAUACAAUUUAAACGUGGUUUUAGAAGAAAUGACAAACCUCUUUGUAUAUCUUCAGGAACAUUUAUUGCACAUUUAGUAAAUCAAAGAGUAGCACAUGAGAUUUUAGCACUAGAAAUUUUAACUUUAUUAGUAGAAACACCAACAGAUGAUUCAGUAGAAGUGGCAAUUGCAUUUCUAAAAGAAUGUGGUAUGAAAUUAACUGAAGUUUCAAGGAAAGGUAUAGAAGCUAUAUUUGAAAUGUUAAGAAAUAUAUUACAUGAAGGACAAUUGGAUAAAAGAGUACAAUACAUGAUUGAAGUCAUGUUUCAAGUUCGAAAAGAUGGAUUUAAAGAUCACGAAGCUGUUCCAGAUGAGCUUGACCUUGUGGAAGAAGAAAAUCAAUUUACUCAUCUAGUAACAUUGGAUGAGGCAACUGAUUCUCAAGACAUAUUAAAUGUUUUCAAAUUUGAUGCAGAAUAUGUAAAUAAUGAAGAUAAAUAUAAACAGUUGAGUAAAGAAAUUUUAGGUUCAGAUGUUAGUGGUUCGGAAAGCGAAGAGGAUGAUGAAGAAGAAACUUCAGAUGAAGAUAGUAGUACUGCUGUAACAGAAGGAAAAGAAGAUGUAAUUGUAGAUAACACAGAAACAAAUUUAACAGCUCUAAGAAGAACAAUAUAUUUAACAAUACAUUCAUCGCUUGAUUUUGAAGAAUGUGCACAUAAAUUAAUGAAAAUGCAACUAAAACCUGGCCAAGAGACUGAACUUUGCCAUAUGUUUUUAGAUUGUUGUGCUGAAAUGAGAACAUAUGAAAAAUUUUUUGGACUUUUAGCUGGCAGAUUUUGUGCUAUUAAUAAAAUAUAUGUUACACCGUUCGAGCAAAUUUUUCGAGACUCAUACCACACAAUACAUCGUUUAGAUACAAAUAAAUUACGCAAUGUUUCCAAAUUUUUUGCACACUUAUUAUUUACUGACUCAAUAUCUUGGGAAGUGUUGUCUUGUAUAAAAUUAACUGAAGAAGAUACUACAAGUUCUAAUAGAAUAUUUAUUAAAAUUCUAUUUCAAGAACUUUCAGAGUACAUGGGAUUAUCUAAACUCAAUCAACGAGUCAAAGAUGUUACAUUACAACAUGCUUUUGAAGGUUUAUUUCCCAGAGAUGAUCCAAAGAAUACACGUUUUGCUAUAAAUUUUUUUACAUCUAUUGGUUUGGGUGGACUUACGGAUGACUUAAGAGAGCACUUAAAAUCUCAUCCAAAAUCUACAAUAAUUCCUUCUCUGGAACAAAAAACUGAAAGUGCUGUGAAUUCUGAUGAUUCUUCUAGUUCCAGUUCAAGUUCAUCAUCAUCAUCCUCUUCCGCUUCAUCCUCAACCAGUAGUUCCAGUUCAGAUGAUUCUGAUUUAUCUUCAGAUGAACAAUCAAAAAAAGAAAAAAAGAAAACAAAAAAGGAACGAAAAAGAAAACAAAGUAUGAAAGAAAAUAAAAAAAAGCGUAAGAAAAAAGAGAAACAUAAAGCAAAGAAAACUAAAUGAAACUUAUUGUAUAAAUAAUAACCAAUAAAUAUAUUCUUCUUCUACUGGCAGUACAAUUUUUUACAUU